AUGGAUAAAAAGAAAAUUAAGUUAUUAAAUACGGGUACAACACAAAAAAAACCUACUAGUAGGUCCAAUGUAAGUAACAUUAGUAUGACUCCAAAUAAUAAUACACCAAAAAAUGUGAAUCAUCGUUCCAAAAGUAAUCUUACUACUCUAAAAGAUAGUGAUGCUGUUAGACGACUCAAAAGUAUUAGUACCAACGUUACCUUAGAAAGAAAUGGCAGUAUGCCAAAUUUAAACGCAACUGGUAAUAGAUUACAAUUGGACAAAACUACCAAGCUAAGAUUUGCAUAUGACAAGUAUCUCAGCAGCUUGGAAGCUAAAUAUGUGUUUCAGAAGAUUGAAAAAAAUAUAUCUUCAAAUGUCAAUGAACAAAAAAAGGUUUUUAGGGAUGAAUUUGAUAUUCUCAAAGGUCAAUUAGUAACUUUAAGUAACGAAUUAGAAAAGAUAAAUGGAUUAAAAACGGAAAAAAAAUUAAUUGAUCAAAAAAUUGAAGCACUUGAAAUGAUCAAUAAAGCUCUUGUAUUUAAUGAUUCUGAUGAAGAAAUUAUGACAUUGUUCUCUAGUACGGCAUCCAAAGUUGUUUUAAAGAAUUUUAAGCAAUUGGAUGAAAGUGACUUAAAUGCUGUUAAGAUCCUAUUGAAUGAAAUUAUAGAGCCAUUGAAACUACUUGAUUAUGAAAAUAAAAUUUAUGUCCGGAUUCAAUUAAAAGAUUCUUUGAUUAAAGUCGCAAUGUUAACUAAAGAAUUAGACACAUUGAAAUUGAAGUGUGAAAAGUUAUUUGAUGAACAAGAUAGUUUGCUGAAUUAUAAUAAAUCACACAAAAUACUAAAAGCUCAAUUUGGAGAAAAUCCAGACACAAAUUUACUGCCAACAACAAGUAACUUAGUGGAGGAAGUUGAAAAUAUGUUAAAUGAAAUGGAAUGGUAA